CCGUAGCUCCGCAAACGCACAUAACGCACACUGCGUAGGGCACCAAAUGGCCGGUAGGGCACCAAAAAAAUCAGGGUCGUAAAAAAAAAAAAAGUAAACCAUAUUAAUACUAUAAAUAUCAUAUGCAUUAAUAUGGUUAAACAAUACAAAAGCAACAUAAAACAAUUUUCCCGAGAAAAGGGGUGAAUCUGCUUUGUGCCCUGUCUCCAGUCUCCUCCUGGUGCCCCCCCCCACUCCCAGUGGUCUGUUCUAUAAUGCCUCAAUUCGGUAUUGGUAAACACCUGUUUGAACAUGGCCUCGAAACGGCAACAGGAGUCGGGAGCGGAGAAAAGAAAGAAGAAGAGGAAGCGUGAUGAAACUCAGGCGUCGCUUGCCGGGUCAAUGCUUAAAUAUGUUCAAGGAGGAUCUCAAGGACAGGAUGAACCAUCCAGUAGUAGUGCCAUCCCUGGACAUCAACCACCAGCCAUUGUAGACCCUGCAACAAUCCCUAGCCAAGAAGAACAAGAACCAUCAACCACCAGUUCAGGUACAGUUCCAUACACAAGUACCACUGAGAGUCCUGUCACUGAGAGACUAUCAGAAAGUGACACUGUGGAGACAUGUGUGCCCCCUUCAACCGAUCCUGCUCUUUGGCCAGCUCACAUUGUAGAUGCUGAUCGUGUUGAAAUUGUGCAGAGAGGUCCUUUUAAUGUCAGCUCUGAUUUUAAUUUUCCAAAGGGGCCUGAUGGAAGAGCAUUUCACACUAGCCUUAAGUUCAAAAUUCUUCCCAAUGGAGAAAAGGUUCACCGGAGCUGGUUAGUGUACUCACCGCAGAACAAUGCUGUGUUCUGCUUUGCAUGUAAGCUUUUCAGUGUGAAGGAUAUAAAGCUGAGUACAGAGGGCUUCAGUGACUGGUCGAACAUCAACAUCCGUUUGAGGGGUCAUGAGUGUAGCCAAGACCACAUACAGUGCAUGCUUAAGUGGAGAGAACUGGACACACGGCUAAAGAAAAGCAUGGCAAUAGAUCAACAGGAGUUGACCUUACUAGAGGCAGAAAGGAAAAAGUGGCGAGAGAUUCUCAAACGAUUACUCUCAAUAACUCUCUCACUGGCUUCCAGAAAUUUGUCUUUUAGGGGCUCUUCUGACCGUCUUUAUGAGCCGGACAAUGGCAACUUCUUGAAGGAAGUAGAGCUUAUGGCAACAUAUGACCUUGUAAUGGCAAAUCACUUGGCCAACAUAAAAGAUGAAGGUUCCCACACACAUUACCUCAGCCCUGAGACACAGAACGAACUAAUUCAGAUUAUCUCUUCAGAAACAUUCCGCGCCAUUGUGAAGCAAAUCCAGUUGGCAAAAUACUUCUCCAUCAUUCUUGACUGUACUCCAGAUGUGAGUCACACUGAACAAAUGUCAGUCAUAGUACGCAUUGUUUGUUUCCAAGCACAACCAGAUAUUAAAGAAUACUUUCUUGGCUAUAUAAAUGUGGAGCAAACAACUGGCCUUAACCUGUCCAAUGUUGUCCUUGACAAGUUGAAGGAGCUUGGCAUUCCAUUUGAAAACUGUCGAGGACAGGCCUAUGACAAUGGGGCCAACAUGAAGGGGAAGAAGCAAGGUGUUCAGGCCAGACUGCUACAAUUAAACCCGAGAGCAUUGUUUGUGCCUUGUGGAGCUCACACGAUGAAUCUGGUCAUAGCUGAUGCUGCCAAGUCCUCUCCAGAUGCAACUGGCUACUUUGGGUAUUUGCAGAAGUUGUUCAAUUUCUUUUCCAGUGCCACCCAGCGAUGGGCCAUUUUAACAAAACAUGUGAAAUUGACACUUAAAUCUUGGAGUGACGUUAGAUGGGAAAGCAGGCUUCAAAGUGUAACUGCUGUCCGGAGUCAGACAAAAGAAGUGAGGGAUGCUCUCCUGGAGGCCAGAGAAGCUGUAAGUGAUGCAGUCGCAAAGGUGGAGGCUCAAGUGCUUGCUGAGGAAGUAGCCUCAUUUCGAUUUUUGAUUUGCUCCAUCGUGUGGUGUGAACUUCUUACAAUCACAAACCAGGUGAACAAGUUACUACAGUCCAGCUCCAUGCAGCUCGAUGUUGCUGUCAGGCUCAUUGACACUGCCAAAAGUAACCUCUCUAAAUACAGACAGUCUGGGUUUGAUGAGGCUGUGUCAGCUGCCAAAGAACUCUGUGAGGCCCUGAACAUAGAACCACAGUUGAAGGAGAAAAGGCUCAGGAGCACAAAAAGGCAGUUUGCAUAUGAAGCUGUUGAUGAGCCCCUCCAUGAUGCCCUUAAAAAGCUUGAGGUCACAUUUUUCAAUUGUGUUGUGGACUCUGCUUUAAUGUCCCUACAGGAGAGGAGGAUUUAA